ACGUUGACGCGUGUCGGCGACGUCAUGACGUCGGGGUCUCCGACUCCGCCAUGUUGUAGGAAAUCUCAGAGAUAAGCGUUUUAAAGCUGAACGGAGCUGGGAGGGACGAGUCAGUGCUAUAGGCACACGGGCAGCGCAGAGUGGGAGGGUGUCUCUGGACCCUCUGUUUAUUGACCCUCACCGUGUAGGUGUGAGAAACAUUAACCCGGCGCUGAAGAGAGACUGAGAGAAGAGUUUGUGCGCGAGUUUCACAUUCUGACUGGAAAAAAGUGGAAAAUCGGAUUAACGUUCAAGACCGCGUACCGAGCCUAAUAAUCUCGGUGCUCAUUAUACACAGAGAGCUGAAUCUGGAGUUUAACAUCAUAUAACUCUGCUGUUUUGUAAACCGCAUUAAUGACAUCUGGGGGGAAAACCCGGCUUUCAGAGACAUUAGUUUUCCCGCGAAAAAACAGCUGGUUACUAUAGCAAUUAGGUUCCAAAUUAAUCUGUCGAGUAAUUACAAUGUUCCUGACACCUGCAUUCUGGACUUGGUCGCUUUGCUGACUAAAUAUAUCUUUUUUUCAUUAUUAUUAUUAUUUAAUUUUUUUUUUAAUCAAACUUUUUUUGGGGACAAUCGAAGCAAAGGGAACAUCUGGAUAACAGGAUAACAGCUCACGCUUCACAUCACUUCGUGGGAAAAUUAAUUAGUGUAAUUAUCUAAAUCUCAAGAAAAUACAAAAAAAAAAAAAAAAAUACAAGUGAAGAUGUCGACCAAAGAACCGAAAGAAAAACAGUCGACCACUGAACGUAUCAUUAAAAGCGUGCCCCUUCCGCCUCACCAGCGGCUCAGCAUGAAGGAGCUGUUUGUGAGCGGCAAACCCAACACGGAGCUGCUGAAGAGCCACUUGGUGAAGGAGGGCCGUGUAGAAGAAGAAGUUGCCUUGCGCAUCAUUAACGAGGGUGCCAGCAUCCUGCGCCAGGAGAAGUGCAUGCUCGAGGUGGAGGCGCCCAUCACCGUAUGUGGUGAUGUCCACGGGCAGUUCUUUGACCUCAUGAAGCUUUUCGAGGUGGGAGGAUCACCCGACAACACGCGCUACCUCUUCCUCGGUGACUACGUUGACAGAGGUUACUUCAGCAUUGAGUGUGUGCUUUUCCUGUGGGCGCUGAAGAUCAACCACCCAACCACUCUCUUCCUGCUCAGAGGCAACCACGAGUGCCGGCAUCUCACAGAGUACUUCACCUUCAAACAGGAGUGUAAAAUCAAGUACUCCGAGUGCGUGUACGACGCAUGCAUGGAAGCGUUUGACUGUUUGCCCCUCGCCGCUCUCCUUAACCAGCAGUUCCUCUGCGUUCACGGAGGCCUUUCGCCCGAAAUCAACUGCUUAGACGACAUUAGGAAAUUAGACAGGUUUAAGGAGCCGCCAGCGUUCGGGCCGAUGUGCGAUCUCAUCUGGGCCGAUCCGGGCGAGGAUUACGGCAGUGAAAAGACGUCUGAGCACUUUAACCACAACUCGGUGCGAGGCUGCUCGUACUUCUUCAGUUAUCCUGCUGUCUGUGACUUUUUGGCGAACAACAAUCUGCUGUCAGUGAUAAGAGCACAUGAAGCCCAGGAUGCAGGGUACAGGAUGUACAGGAAAAGCCAGACGACUGGCUUCCCCUCAUUAAUCACCAUUUUCUCUGCUCCUAAUUACCUCGACGUGUACAACAACAAAGCUGCUGUGUUGAAGUACGAAAACAACGUCAUGAACAUCCGGCAGUUUAACUGCUCUCCCCAUCCGUACUGGCUGCCGAACUUCAUGGAUGUUUUCACGUGGUCGCUGCCCUUUGUCGGUGAGAAAGUGACUGAGAUGCUGGUUAACGUGCUGAACAUCUGCUCGGACGACGAGCUCAUGUCCGAGGGAGAUGACCUGUGUGAAGGUGGUGCACCAGCAGCUCGUAAGGAAGUGAUCAGAAAUAAAAUCCGUGCCAUCGGCAAGAUGGCCAGAGUUUUCUCUGUGCUCAGAGAGGAAAGCGAGAGCGUUCUGACCCUUAAAGGGCUGACACCAACUGGAACGUUACCUCUGGGAGUGCUGUCUGGAGGCAAACAGACCUUACAGAACGCCACGCUGCUGGCGAAGGAGGGCAAAGCCAUUCAAGGUUUCUCCCCAACACGGAAGAUUCGCAACUUUGAGGAAGCGCGUGGCCUGGACCGGAUAAAUGAACGCAUGCCACCGCGAAAGGACGGCCAACGUGCUCUGGGAACAACCGUGACAGAGAAAAAUGGCACAGAUGGGACGGUGUAGGGAACUCCGCCCGUCUCUUCCUCCUCAACCUUCAUUGCAGUGUUUGAUCUCUCUCUGAUAAGCUCUACGGAAACUUCUACAUUAAUGGAGAAUCGAGGACCCGUGACUCAAGCGGGAGAAAGAGAGAGAGGGAGGAAGGAUGAAUCACUCACCACUAACGAGAUUGUAUUUGUUAAAAAAAAAGUGUUGAAUAUUAGAUGCAUGUGCUAGCAGUGUUUCCGUAGAUGGAUCUUCGAGACGCUCCGGAUCUCCUUCCGGUUUCCCCAUCAGACGCCAUAUGAUUAUGUGUCCUCUGUUAACCCCAUCGAUUCUCACCGUAUAAAAAUGGUGAGAAGAUAAUUCCGAUCAGAAGAAGAUUCGGUCUUUUCUGCUUUUUUGUCUUAUGUUUACGGUCGGGUUGCUUGGCAAGGGGUCACAUGAUUCCAGGCAAUUCUUUAAAUCUUUACAUGUGGUUGUGCUUGUUUAAAGCUGUAAGGAAGUGUUCCAAAUUCCCAGUUUUAUUAGGAAUUCUAACCCAUGCCGGAGGACAUAAGAGCUGAUUAAAGAGUAGUGAAUUGAUUUAUGAUAGCUAUAUUCCACCAAAAGCUUUUAAUUAACAGCUCCGUUUUUCAUUAUUAAUUUAUUUAACUGCCAGUGGCUGAAUUUUUUUCCACGUAUCAAAGGAAGAAUAAAGCCCUCCAAAACCAAAGACUGUCAGGAAGACGGGAUGUUUGGAUGGCUUUGUUUCUGCGUCUUGGUUGUAGCUUCUUAGUCAAAUGGACUGUGCUAAACGCUGAGGCAUUCCCUUUAAAGACGUAUAGAGAAUCAAAAAAUCCAAUCGAAACAUGUCCCUAGAGCCAAAACCCGUGUUUUUUGUGCAAGAAGUGAUGAUGUCCUGGGAAUCAGCGCUUUAUUUUAACACGUGUGUGUGAGUGUGUGUGUGUGUGUGUGAGUGUGUGUGGGUGUGUGUGUGAGUGUGUGUGUGUUGUGUGUGUAUGGUAAACUUUCUCAAGUUGGGUCUUUAACACUACACAAAGCUUGUAGUGUUGAGCCGAGCACCGUCUCUCUUAAAUACUGACUCUUGAGGAGAAAUUUGCAUUACGAUUUUCUACAAGUUUGCUGAUUGCAAUUCGGAAAAAUUUUGUAAAAAAAAAAAAAAAAAAAGAAGAAAAAAAAGGAUCACCGUGAGCGUUGAGUUCCAUCUCUUUUAGAGACACAUGUCAAAUUCUCUACUUAAAUUACUUUGAUGGUACUGUAUCUUCAAAUUUUCACGUGGUGAUCGCUGCUCUUGUGCUGUAUUAGAGUCUGUUCUUUUGCCGUGUUAUUGGAUAGAAGCAGGAGCUCAUCCCAUCAGCACACUAUACCUCCUCACUCCAGAGUGGCUGAUGGGGGAAACAUUCGUACAAGCUUUGAUUUGUCGAUAUUUGGACUUUGAUUUUAAGUAUUUUGUCUUUUAGAGUUGGACUUGUUGACUUGGACUGAAAAUGCUGUGUACCUCCUGUGUCUGCACGAAGGAGUCAACAAAUGAUUUGAUCUGUGUCAGUUUUAUUUGGGGCUUGAAAUCCUGCGAUUAAUGUUUUUACCCUGAGAAAAUUCACUUCAUUUUUUUUUAUAGCACUUUCUACAAUGGGCCUUGUCCCAAAAGCAUUUUAUGGAAAUCUAUGGGCGUUUUUACACCUGGUCACUUAAUGUGUUUUCUCUGAUCCGAUAGCUAUCUGAUUUUUUAAAACUGUUCCAUUUACAUUAGGCCACAUAAAUGCGUCUUGGCGAAUCGGAUAUCAAUCCGAUCUUUCUA